UAAUAUAAUUAAAAUGUGUUGGUUUAAUUGGUUUGCUAAAUACAGAAUGGCACUGAGCUGCUGCAUCUGUUGUGUUGGUCCCGGAACAGGAAAGACUGCUCUGUGGUGGAAGAAGAUGGGAUGUCAGCAGGACUCAAGCCGCCAGCGCUGCCCUCUUGCAGUCUCUGGGGAUCUCAAAAUCAUAGAAUAGUUUGGGUUGAAAGGGAUCUUAAAGCCCAUCCAGUGCCACCCCUGCCAUGGGCAGGGACACCUCCCACUGGCUCAGGCUGCCCAAGGCCCAUCCAACCUGGCCUGGAACCCCUCCAGGGAUGGGGCAGCCACAGCUUCUCUGGGCACCCUGGGCCAGGGCCUCACCAUCCUCAUGGUGAAGAAAUUCUUCCUAAUGUCCAGUCUAAAUCUGUCCUUCUCUAGUUUAUACCCGCUCCCCCUCAUCCUCGUGGGAUAAAUAGCAGUGCCCUCUCCCUCCUCGUGCCUCAGAGGAGCACCACUGGGCCCUGCAGUGGCGGCUGUGGCAGCUCACACGGUGUCGGCGUUGCUCAGCACUGCCCGGGCAGGGCGGGAAUUGGGCACCUUUGGCUGCAGCCCCACAGCUCACGGCGAGAUCCUAUGUGUCACCCAAUCCGGGCAUCUUGUGGCGAGCCUUCCUCAGAGCCCUGGGGUCGGCAGGUGCUCUCGGCUGGCCGCUGGCUUCCCGCACCCUCCUGUUCUCCCAGGGCAGCUCCCAAAGAGGUCUCUGCAAAGGGGAAGUGUUUGUUUUCCUCCUUGGCCGGGCACGCAUUUUGCGGUACCUUCCUCCUACGGAAGCUCCCUAUGCCCUGCUCAGCCAAACAAAUUGCUCCUUUGCCUUGACUCAUUAAUGAUUGAAUCAUAUGCAAACUAGGUUAAACGCCACAUCGUGCUGCGCUCCAGGGAUCGCAGCGUUCUCACCAAGGCAUGGUCCAGGAGUGCCGACGGAGAGGCAGCGCCCAGCCCUGGCCAUGGCUGUGAAUGAGACGGACGGAUGUUUGCUGACAAACCGAGUCCUAGAGAAGUAUUAUCUUUCCACCAUGUACAGCCUUGAGUUCAUUUUAGGCUUCACUGGAAACACCAUUGUUGUCUUCGGCUAUAUUUUCUGCCUGAAAAACUGGAAAAGUGGCAACAUCUACCUGUUCAAUUUAUCAUUAUCAGAUUUAUUAUUUCUGUGUACCCUUCCGAUCCUUGUGAACAGCUACUCUAGAGAUCUGUGGGCAAAGGAGAGCAUCUUGUGCCACAGCAACAGAUUCCUGCUGCACGCAAACCUCUACAGCAGCAUCCUUUUCCUCACCGUUAUCAGUAUUGACCGAUACAUGCUCAUAAAAUAUCCUUUCAGAGAACAUUUCCUUCAGAAGAGGAAAGCGGCCGUUAUUGUGUCGGUUGUCAUAUGGAUUGGGGUGAUUGUGGAACUGCUGCCGUUGAUGUCUUUCCUGGAGCCAAUAACACCUGCCAAUAAUUACAAGUGUCUUGAUUAUGCAAGCUCCGGAGACCCAAAGAAGAACAUAAUCUAUAGUAUGUUUUUGACUGUCUUUGGAUUCCUUAUCCCUCUCCUGAUCAUGUGCUGCUUCUACGUGAAGAUGGUCCUUUUUCUUAAAAGCAGGAGAGAGCAAGUCAGUUCGCUCCUGACCCUUGAAAAACCCCUUACUUUAGUCAUCCUCGCAGUCGUUAUCUUCUCGUUGCUCUUUACUCCCUACCACAUAAUGCGUAAUGUCCGAAUUGCUUCCCGAAUACCAGCCUUGAAUGUAUCUGUGUGCACACAGGGCAUCAUCAACACCAUUUACAUCAUCACGAGACCCAUUGCUUUUUUGAAUAGUGCCAUUAAUCCAGUUUUUUAUUUCUUAAUGGGUGACCACUUCAGAGAGAUGCUGAUGGCAAAAAUAAGGCAGCUCUUGAGCAGGUUGACAACCACUGGCAAAUGAACUGAUAAGGAGACCUUUUAUAAUGGGAAAAGGGAAGGAAACCAAUGUACAGUGCCACUUUUUGUAGAUAAUUUUAUUUAUGCUAUCGAACACGUAUGAGCUGAUUGUGUUCCUCUAGAUGCGCUUGUUCCCUUGUUGUACAGGAGACCUCUUCUGCUAAUCUGACUCCAGCAAACCUGAAUUGAUGUUCUUUCAGCUGUACAGCAUGAAACCACGCUCUCAGAACAGGAUACGCUAUGGCCUAUUAAUACUGUUAAUAAAAUAUCAUCGUGGUAGUUCCUAGAGGGAAAAUAUGCUGCUCUCAGAUGGCCGUUUUGUGAGGUUGCUACUGAUCUGGACCAAGGCUUUGAUAAAAAUGCCUCAAGCGCACUAAUUUGCACAGUCAACACAGUGAGGGGAUCAACGCUGAGUAUUUAUAUUAGCGCUUGCAAACUCUGCAUCUCCUCAGAUGUUUGUCACAGUUAUUUAUUCUGAAAGAUAAUUUCCAUUUCCAGCUGAUUUGGUGAGGGUUGGCCUCUCGGAUGUGGCAAAAAAAAUGAGGGAAUGCAAAUGGCUGGGUAAAAUGCUUUGUCAGCUUUGCGGAAGGGAGGCAGCAGUUCGGUUGCUGUUGGUUUUUGUAAGGAGUGUGAGGAGUGCAGAAAGCUGUAGCCUUUGGCUGUUGAUCUUACAAGCAUUUCAUGGAAGCACUGAGACAGCAAAGACGUCUGUGUUCAGAUAGGUUCUGUCACUCUGAUAUUAAAGUUGGAUUCAGCUACCAGAAAUAAAAAUAAGAAAAUCUGUCAUUUUAGUUCUUAGCAGAGAUUUGCCUUUGUACAUCACUGGGACAGCUGUGCAAGCUCAUACUGUUUGGUUUUGGGGUUUUUUUUGCAGUCCCUUUUCAAAGUGUAGAUUUACUUAACUUUAAUGUAGUUAUCUAUAAGCGUGGGCAGAGUGUAUAGCUUGAAGCAGAAUUUGGCCCAUGAUAAAGAAGAUAAAACUUCAUUAACAGUCCUGUUAAUGAAACUGGAGCUAACAAGGAGCCAGUUCUGAGUUACAUCCCCUGCAGAGUUGUUGUAGUGGCAGAACUUACUCUCCAGUUAACUGACCUGACCUCAACGAUAAAGGGUGAAGACAUCAAUGUAAUGAUAAUCUUGUACACGUUUGGGCUCAGGAAGGAGCUGCUGAGAGCACUGGGUGCAGCGGGCAGAGCGUGGGCAGGGUGCAGGCACCCCCUCCUCUGCCGGGGUUCCACCAGGGGAUGGAAGAGCUCACAGUGAAGCGUGAGACCAGCGCUGCCCAUGGGUUCCCCAAGGCGUGGAGAAAGGACUGGUGGCUGAGGCUCGUCAGAGAUGACUUCAGUUCUGCUUUCUCUCAUGUCAUUCAUCUGUAAUACGUUAACUGCUUCCUUGAUACCUCGCUGCCUGGUAAUAAACUGUGCAUCCUAUUUAAAAUAUAAAAAGCCUCCAUCGGGUUGAGUCUUUUUGGUUUGUAUGCUAUUCCCUGUAAUGUCCAAGAAGCUACAACAUCUGCCUUUUUCCUGUUACCGGGAAAACCCUUAAAAGCAAUCUUUUGACUCAAUUUUAGGGAUAAAGCAGCGGCUUUCCUCUGUGAGUCUCUCACAUAAAUACCCACGGCAGCAUUCCCCGGGGGCAGCCGGUGGCCCUGACACGAGCUGGGUUCUACCUUUCAACACUCACAGGGAUCCCCUGAGCUCAGAGUGCUGCUACAGCAGAUCCUGGCGAUGCCGGGGAAAGGAUUUUUCUGACUCCUGUGCUGCUCCCAGAGAAGUUUGCUGUGGCACAGCAUGAUUCUUGGGGCUGGAACCAGGAUGGGGAGUCCAGGAAGGGCUAAACAGGGGUUUCACUGGAAAUAAACAGGCGUAAAUCCUUAUUUUCCUCUCUCUAUUUGCUUUGUAACAAAUCUUUGUUCAUAAAUUGCUAAAUCACUCUGUCAGUGGUGG